GACAGUCAGCUGUUCCCGAAGCGUGUUGAUUUCAAUUGGCAAUAAAUUGCAAUUUGCUUAAACAAAACGAGAAAAAUGCUCUGAAUUGACAGCCAACCAGUGGUUUAACCAUUUCUUCCACUAGUUUAAAAAGGAAGCCUGACUGCUGGUAUUGUAAGACUAAAAGAAAGCGAGUGAAAGUAUAGCAAAAGCCAACGAUCAUGUCUACGGGUCUAAAAUGUCGCAAUUGCGGAUCCAAUGAGAUCGAGGAAGACAAUGCUCGCGGAGAUCGGGUCUGCAUGAACUGCGGUUCCGUGCUGGAAGAUUCCCUCAUCGUUUCCGAAGUUCAGUUCGAGGAGGUGGGCCAUGGAGCAGCUGCAAUUGGCCAGUUUGUGUCCGCCGAAUCCUCGGGUGGAGCCACAAACUACGGCUACGGCAAGUUCCAGGUGGGAUCUGGCACCGAGUCCCGGGAGGUGACCAUCAAGAAGGCCAAAAAGGACAUCACCCUGCUCUGCCAGCAGCUGCAGCUAUCCCAGCACUACGCAGAUACGGCCCUGAAUUUCUUCAAGAUGGCAUUGAGUAGGCAUCUGACCCGCGGCAGGAAGAGCACCCACAUUUACGCCGCCUGCGUGUACAUGACCUGCAGGACUGAGGGCACUUCUCAUCUCCUCAUCGACAUCAGCGACGUUCAGCAAAUAUGCUCCUAUGAGCUAGGCCGCACCUACUUGAAGUUAUCGCACGCCCUUUGCAUCAACAUACCAUCUGUGGACCCGUGUUUGUACAUCAUGCGUUUUGCCAAUCGCCUGCAGUUGGGCGCCAAAACGCAUGAGGUUUCGAUGACGGCCCUGAGGAUUGUGCAGCGCAUGAAGAAGGAUUGCAUGCACUCGGGACGACGACCCACCGGCCUCUGUGGAGCAGCUCUGCUGAUUGCGGCCCGCAUGCACGAUUUCAGUCGCACCAUGCUAGACGUGAUCGGUGUGGUCAAGAUCCACGAGUCAACGCUCCGCAAGCGCCUCUCCGAGUUCGCCGAGACGCCCUCGGGUGGACUGACAUUGGAGGAGUUCAUGACGGUCGAUUUGGAGCGCGAACAGGAUCCGCCUUCGUUUAAGGCGGCGCGCAAAAAGGAUCGUGAGAGGAUCAAAGAUAUGGGCGAACAUGAGCUUACGGAGCUGCAGAAGGAGAUUGACGCUCAUCUGGAAAAGGACCUGGGCAAGUACUCCAGCUCCGUGUUCCGUCAGCUGGCCAAGGGAAAGGGCGUCACGUCGGGCAGCUCCCCAAGCUCUCCCACGAGCACCUCUGAGAAGGAUCUCGAACUGGAGGAGUCCCGUCAGUUCAUCGAGCAAUCCAAUGCACAGGUCAUCAAGGAGCUGAUAGCCAAGAACGAGGAUGUGAAGAAGACCGAACCCGGUGGCUUGGUGGCUGGCAUCGAAGGCCUCCGUCCGGACAUCGAGGCCAUGUGUAGGGUGACCCAGAGUGAUCUGGAGGACGUGGAGAAGGCCAAGCAGCCCCAGGAGCAGGAACUCAUCACCGACGAUCUGAACGACGACGAACUGGACCAGUAUGUGCUGACCGAAGAGGAGGCGGUGGCCAAGCUGGAAAUGUGGAAGAACCUCAACGCCGAGUAUCUCCGGGAGCAGAAGGAGCGCGACGAGCGGCUGGCCAAGGAGCGUGAGGAGGGCAAGCCGGAGCGCAAGAAGCGCAAGCCGCGCAAAAAGGUCAUCGGCCCCUCGUCCACCGCCGGCGAAGCCAUCGAGAAGAUGCUGCAGGAGAAGAAGAUCUCCAGCAAGAUCAACUACGAGAUCCUCAAGACCCUGACCGAGGGCAUUGGCGGGCUGACGGACGACUCGGCUGGAACCAGUGCGGACACCAAACCGAGCACUCUGGAGGAGCUGAAGCAGCAGCCCGUGAUUGUGGAGGAAGGGCCCAUUGCCCCCAAGAGCAGGGGCUCCAGGCCAGCCUACGACCUGCCCGGGCCAAGUAGGAAGCGCCCCAAGCUGGAGGUGGGUCUCCCUGUCAGCCAGGCAGCGGAUGUGGAGCAGCCAGAUACCAAGCCCGCGGUGCUGGUGGAAGCAGAUGACGUGGACGACGACGUGGAGGCGGAAGCCGAAGAGGCUGAUGCCGAGCCCGAGGCAGAACCGGAGGCCACUCUCCAGGACAUGCUCAACACGGGCGGGGACGACGAUGAGUUCGGCUAUGGCUUCGACGAGGAGGAGGAAUACUAGGCCUAGACUCGCAUUUAGCGUUUAAAACAUUUUAGUAUAUAUAGUACACACCGACUUUAUAGUACCCAACCUACUCGUAACACAAUUAAACUAAGCAUUAAGGCCCGUGCACUUGUUGCCGCCCAGCGCGUUGGCAGGGGAGGGCAUUAAAUCAUGGCCUCUUCCUCGCGGCCAUUUACAUGUUUAAGCCAUGUCGGCGCUGGCACUCCCGUACACUCCCGUACACUCCGGAGUCUGGACUGGUACUUGUAGCUAUGUAGCUUCUAAUUGUUGGCUCUGCCGUGGCGCGCCUCCAAGUGCUGCAAAUAAAUAUUUCACUCUUAAUCAUGUUUUGCACUCUGUUUUGCUUGCCUUUCUCCGGCGCUGCAGGCGGCCACCAGCUCAGUUCAGCUUCUGCUUCGGCUUGGGCAUCAGCUUCAGUUCAGUUGUUCAGUUGUGGGCCCGGCCAGGAACUUGGCUCGGUUCCACGGCCGUUGCGUUGAGUGGCAAGUGCCCGGCAACGAGCUGUUGAGUCUGCCGAGCACUUGUCUCUGCGAUUUUAUAGUUAUUAUGUUGUAAUUAGUGUUAAUUUACUUGCCUCCGGUUCAGCAAGUCAGCUUCAGCGCUCCCAUAAACUAUGCUACAUCUUGGGGCAGCUAACGAUAUUCGAAUUGUUAGUGAUUUCUAUUCCGAACAAAUUAGCUAACUAUGUUGCUUGGCUCUAUGAUUAAGUUGUCGUCUAAUAACUAUAAGAUAAUUAAUUAAUUAAUAAAUAUUAUAAACUUA